GUUGCCGCCUCCGGUGUUUACGUCCGCCAUUUGCAAUUUUAUUUUGCACUCUGCCGCGUCUCCGCGUUGGAUUAUGGGAAAUAGGGGUCGGGAGAGUGUACAUCGUGUGUACCCUCGAAAUCAGAUUGCAUUGUGGGUAAGAAAGAGUGAACAAAUGUAGGGAAUGAGAUGUAGGGAAUGAAUUCGGACACCACUACAAAAUGACUGACACCCGAAAUAGUGCACUAUUUAGUGGAUAGGGGGCGGUUUCGGACACAGCUUAACUAUGGUGAAUGUAGUUCCGUGAUCCGUUCAAACACUCGCCUUUGAACGACCAAACCGUUGUUAUUUCCUACAUUUCCCACAAUUCAAGAUGGCCGUUUGACGCACCGGCUUCCGUGACGCCCGACAGGCAUUGUAGUUCUUUACACCCUUCCCGGAAUAUAAUGACCGGGUGAAUGAACUACAAGAGCCAGCGUUCCACACUUCAGUGGUAAACAUAGAGCUGUCAAACAACACCGACGCCAUUUCGAUUUCAGCCUUAAAAUGGCAGUAAAAUGCAGCGCUAAGAUGUUUCCCCUCUAAAUCAGAAGCGACACGCGCUUCCCGCUUCUUCACAUUCAAACGAGCUUUAACGGACAGUUUGUAACGUCACAUGCCGAGAAGAUGGAUAUUAGCACGGCGGUGUUUAACGCGGCGAGAGACGGAAAACUGAAACUCAUUCAGAAGUUACUGUGCAACAAAAGUCCCGAGGAGCUGGAGGCGCUGGCGGAGGAGAAGACGCAGGGAGGGACGCCGCUCCUCAUCGCCUCCCGGUACGGCCAUCUGGAGGUUGUGGAUUACCUGCUGGAGCACUGCAAGGCUAACGUGGAGCUCGGAGGCUCCGUGAACUUUGACGGCGAGACGAUUGAAGGCGCUCCGCCGCUGUGGGCGGCCUCCGCCGCGGGACAUCUGCCAGUAGUGAAGACGCUCCUGAAGCACGGAGCCUCCGUCAAUAACACCACCCUGACCAACUCCACCCCCCUGAGGGCUGCAUGCUUCGAUGGUCAUCUGGAGAUCGUUCGAUACCUGGUGGAGCAUUGUGCGGACAUGGAGGUGGCGAACCGCCACGGUCAUACGUGUCUGAUGAUCUCGUGCUACAAGGGCCACAGGGAGAUCGCCAAGUUCCUGUUGGAGCGAGGGGCCGACGUCAACCGUAAGAGUGUGAAGGGCAACACCGCCCUGCACGACUGCGCCGAAUCCGGGAGUCUGGAGAUCAUGAAGAUGCUGAUGAAAUGUAACGCCCGCAUGGAGCGGGAUGGUUAUGGCAUGACCCCGCUGCUGGCCGCCAGCGUCACCGGUCACACCAAUAUAGUUGAGAAUCUCGUGCACCAACCCCGGGCCACCAGAGAGGAGCAGAUUGACGCCCUCGAACUUCUUGGGGCAACGUUUGUGGACAAGAAACGUGACCUGCUGGGCGUCAUGUGCUACUGGAGAAGAGCGAUGGAGCUGCGGCAGGCGGGCGAGAAGGCUGGAUUUCUGGCCAAACCCCCCCCGGGUCCCCCCGUCUCGGCGUACGACUGCGCCCAUGAGGUGUGCACGGUCGAGGAGCUGGAGGCGCUCAUCACAGACCCCGAUGAGAUGAGGAUGCAGGCCCUUCUGGUGAGGGAGCGCAUCUUGGGCCCCUCGCACCCGGACACUUCGUACUACAUCCGCUACAGGGGGGCCGUCUACGCCGACUCGGGCAACUUCGAGCGCUGCAUCAGCCUGUGGAAGUACGCCUUGGACAUGCAGCAGAGCAACCUGGACCCGCUCAGCCCCAUGACUGCCAGCAGCUUCCUGUCGUUCGCCGAGCUCUUUUCCUUCGUCCUACAGGACAGAGCUAAGGGCACCCUAGCCAACCGCGUCACCUUCCAGGACUUGAUGGCCGUCCUGGGCAAGAGCGUGCGGGAGGUGGAGCGUGCAGUGGCGCAGCGGGACAGUCCUCCAGAUGCGCCGCAGUUCACCAAAGCCCUCUCCAUUAUUCUGCACCUCGUCUUCCUGUUGGAGAAACUCGACUGCACUGCGGAGCAAGAGCACCUGAAGAGGCAAACGGUCUACCGGCUCCUGAAGCUCAAUCCCCGGGCGAGGAACGGCUACACGCCCUUGCACAUGGCUGUGGAUAAAGAGACCACGUCGGUGGGCCGUUACCCAGUGGGCCGUUUCCCAUCUUUAGCUGUGGCGGGCUUGUUGCUGGAGUGCGGGGCGGAUGUCGACUCCCGCGACUGCGAGAACAAUGCGCCACUUCAUGUCGCUGCCGCCAAUGGCUGCCCGGAGAUCAUGGAGGCGCUCAUUCAAGCCGGGGCGCAUUUCGACGCCACCAAUGCACUACACAAGACGGCCUACGAGCUGCUGGAUGAGCAGAGCAGUGAGCGACACGUGCUGCACCCCCUCAGUUACGUCACGCUGCAGUGUCUGGCCGCCCGUGCCAUCGAGAAACACAGACUUCCCUACAAAGGGCUCAUCUCAGAGGAAAUGGAGGCGUUCAUCGAGCUGCACUGACCUCAACACGCAAACACCCCAUUUUACACCACGUACCUCCAUGAAACUCCCAUGACCUGGCCUCCCCUUAUGCACGAAUGCGCCGGCCGGGUUCCAGUCUAAGCAAUAAUCCCAAUCUUAUUACAACCGUACUGUAACCAGGUGGUGUUGACACUCGCCAAACCUCCCGCUGUCUUCAAAGGGCUCAUGGGAAAAUGUUCAAACGACAAACUGUGGACACUUCCAGGAAGUGCCGGCACUGCAGAAAAUAAAACUAAAGUGUUCAGUUUUCCAGUUAGGAUGUUAUUUGCUCUUAACGUUUACUGUAGGCCAUGAUCUCCUUCAUGUUUUUAUUUCCUUUGUGAGCAGGAAAUGAACAGUUUUGCCUGUCUGUAUUGGUUUAUGUUGUAUUAUUGAUGAGGUAGUGGCUCGUUCUUGGGUGUAAAUGGAUCAUUCAUUGCACGUUUACCAAACGCAUGCGACGAGCAUUAACGCAAAACUUUUCUAUCUCUAGUUUUAAUUAAGUCUCAUCAAAUGUCAUCAUAACAUGGUUUAAUUCUGUAUUUCCCUCAGAUCCUGAGGGUUUGACGCUCACGGUGCCAAACGCGUCUUUCAUGACGAUCUUUUCUAACGUUGAAUGUCUGCGGCUGUGAUUGUUGUGUGAAUGGCGGAGCGUCCGGAGGUUAAACGGGCUCUGUGGGUUCUAACUCGGCACUUUACCCCCGUCCAUGAGAACAGAUGUUAUUGCUGACGUUAUAUUGAUAUCUAUGCAGUUUAUUAUCUGAGGUGGAUUUGGAGUGACAGAUCUGGCAACCCAGGUUGUUGUUUUUUUUCAUUACAGGCUUCCGUGAAAAGCUUAAUAUGCAUUUAAGUCUUAUUCUAAUUGCCUUGAAUUGUAUUUUCUCUUUAUCAUACGAGCUGGGAUGUUUUAUUUUUCUGUCGGCCUGUCUGUCAUUGUAAACACUACCUGAAUGAAAGCACUUUGAAAACGUUAAUACUUUGCUUAAGUAACCAGAGACUUCUCUCAGAAACUACAGCUGAUAUGAUUAAUUUAAGAUGAUUUACUACAGAACAAAAAUGUGUUUGGUGAUACCUGAAUAAAAUUCAAGUGUCCCAUCUAUGUGUGUGUGUGUGUGUGUUGACUGUAGCAUGUAUAGAAAGGCAUGACCCCUGUAGUUUGGCAUGCGUUACUGCAAGUGUCUUUUCAGGAGUGAAUGAAUGCGGCUCACAUUCCUGCAGUGAUGUCAGAAGUGUGACAUCAUCAAAAUGCUUCCAGCUGUUAUGCAAGUUUUUCCUUUAUGACAACUUCAUAUUAAUGAGUUCUGCCGAGUGUGUGUCGCAGGGAUGUUUCUGUCGAAUGCUGCUGCAUACUGACAUGAUCAACUAAAGAUAAGGUCGUGAUUUUACCGCUGAAAUCUGAGCAUGCUCAGAAAGGUAAGUUAAUUAAGCAUUCUUUGGUUUAUUUGACUACAUUUAGAUGGACACUAGAAAGCGUCUUUUUGCAAAAAAACCGUGUUCUUGAUUGCAUGCGGUUUAUAAGCCGCGUACUCUUUAAUCCCAUUUACACGCGGCUCAGUCAGUAUGCAGCUGUGUCAUUUUCCUGCUACGCUAAUGUAAAUAACAAAUAUGGGAUAUGAGGAAAACUUUGUUAUUUUAUUCUCUGUUGCUUCACUUUAUUUCCAGAGUUGAUUCUGUGUUUGUUUCCUUCACUUUCUAUUGCGACCUGCAGCAGAAUUGUGCUGCAGUAGUGGUGUUUCCCCUCUUAUGCCAAACUCUGGGAUUCCCCCGGUGUGCCAGCGCAGACACAUGGACAUGAGAGACAUUACAUUAAUGGGUAUUGUUUAUAGUAUGUGGGAUUUUCCCGCUGUACUCCCAGAAAUGUUGAAUUCUUUCCAUUGUGUUGAA